AUGACUGAUCCAGUGUCCUUCCAUGUGUUAUUCGAUGUCCUCGACAACCCGAGCACUGGUGCCGUGAUUGACUCGGUCCACAAGAUUAUUGCUAUGAAUGGCAUUCCUCAGGCCGUUGUCAUGGACCCGGGAAGUUGCUUUACUUCCAGGAACACCGAAGCCAUCAAUGUCGGUACUGCCUUGAAGAGCACCUCUCCUGAUGACACUGAUGACAAUCUUGCACAUGGCGAUAGCCCCUUUGAUGACCCCUUCACAGCAGCUGAAGACGGGGGCUAUGUCACUCCCUUUGAAGAUGAUUAUGACGACCUACCUCAACAGCACGAGGAGGUGAAGAGCUUGAAGACACAGAAGCGUGAGGGUACCACCGAGGUCAUGACUGAGGCCAGAGCUGCCACUAGACUACCGGUACAGCAAUCACGUAUGCCCUUGACUAGAAGACCUGAUGAUUUGAAGUCCCAGACUGGGACUAGUCCCCCCCUUGUAGGCGACCACGCUGGUCCGACAAGGAGAUUGCAAUCUGAACAUAUUGAUCGACCUGGUGCCCAACCAGCUGACUAUUAUGACUACCCCUCUCGACGUCGAGCUGCAAAUUGGUAUGAUGAUGGUGUCUAUGCUGACGGUGACCACACUACCUCUAGAUCAAGCAGAUGGAGCGACGCUGAGUGGGACGAUUGGCAAGAAAAUCAAGACCGACAGAAGAUCUCUAAGGUCAUCUCUGAUGUUGAAUGGAUGACUCCCGUGCUUGGAAAAGGCAAGUACUGGGAUGGUUCGGUUGAUGGCCUUGACAGCAUUGCCUUGAGCGAGUUCCGGUAUAAGCUAACUAAUAGCCCUGACUACGAGUACCAGAACGAGUGCUGCAAAUACUUUAUUGUCAGACGAAACCUUUCUGACAGUAUAAGGAAACUGGUUGAUGUCUACGAGCACAACAGCGACUUACAGCCUGCCAGCUAUCAUCAACCCUAUCGCCCGAAUAGCCGAUAUUGGUCUGAUCGACGAGAGCAACUAUGGACGUAUCUUACUACGGUAUUCGGUGACUCUGAUGGUGGAUUCUUAGAAACUCAAUGGAUCAACAUGUACCUCAAGAAGACUGAGCGGUUCAUUGACUUCUACGCCACACAUGAAUCUAUUGCUAAGGAGUUGGCUCGCACGAGAGGAUAUAAGACUCUGACUGAGCAGGAGAAGAGGAGCCACUUCUACAAUUGCUUACCCCCUAAAUUGAAGGUUUACUUGGACGAGCAAGGUUACUGGACUCCCGGUGCGGUUAGUUAUGCUAAAUUGGUGGUUUUGGCUCAGAGUUGGUGUAGAGUACACUGGGACAAGUCUGUCUCCGUUAACCAUGUGGACGUAACUGAUGCUACUACUGAUGACAAGGUGGCCAGAGAAGUGCCUUCUGACCCACCUAAGCGCUUUGCACAACGAACUCGACCAGGAGAAGGACAACAUGCGUUCCAUCCUGCUAGGCUGAGAGUUCGAGAAGACGAGACGAUUCUCAUUGAGAAUUUCUCAAUGACCCGAGAAAUAAAGAGAUAUUGCAAGCUUCAUGCGGAAGAUGUCUAG